UAUGUGUUAUUGUAUAUAUUAUUUACAUCUACUUUUUCGAUAAAACUUACCGUUUUCGAGAAAAAUCCAAAAAGCCUAAAAUUUUGACCUCGGGCCCCGAAUAAGUCCCUAAGCUCACAUGGUACUGAUGGGGACUUUUGACACUUUAUUCCUUGUGGUAAACCUAAGGUCUCUACGAAGAUUUAGCUCUGUCGGAAUUUUCUUUAAUUCAAUUGUCUAAAAUGACCGGACUAUACUUUAUAAUCAUCACAUACAUAAAUAUUUCAAAAUUUAAUGACGACAUUAACAGAUGUAACAUGGUCCCGAUAAAUAAGCGUAAGUGAAUCGUUAUUAAAUGAAUCAUAAUUUGUCAUGUUUUAUACUUUACAGGCUUCAGGAUCAGGCUCUCAGCAGCUUCGUCACGUGCAGAUCUGGACUGUUAACCAGAACAUUUGCCACCAGCGCUACCAAACUAUUCGCAAGUCCAUCACCGCCAACAUGUUGUGCUCCGGCUGGCUCGACGUUGGCGGUCGCGACCAGUGCCAGGGAGACUCCGGCGGACCUCUCUUCCACAACCGUGUCGUUGUUGGUGUUUGCUCCUGGGGUGAAGAAUGCGCUCUCGCUCGUUUCCCCGGUGUUAACGUUCGUGUGUCUCGCUAUGCCUCUUGGAUUCAGAACAACUCCUAA